AAAAGUGUACAGCUGUCAGAUACCCGGAGAGGAGGAAGGGCGUGCGAGAGCAAUCUGCCUCCGCUGCUGGUUGCGAGCUUUAGAGGUUUGUGACAUCGUGGUUCUUGGGAAUGCUGGAGUCUGAGUGCAGCUACUGAAAAGUCACACAGCUGGCAGUGAAUGCUGCUUUCCUUUCAAGGCUGAGCAGACAAUUAAUGAUUGAAUGGGCUCUGCUGGGAAGGCUUGUCCUCACACCAUGACAGCUGAUGAGUCAGAAGCUGGAGAGUUAGCUCUGGAGCCCCUGCUCACUUGCAAGCUAUGUCUCUGUGAAUAUUCCCUGGAUAAGAUGACCACUCUUCAGGAAUGCAGCUGCAUCUUUUGUACAUCGUGCCUAAAACAGUACAUGCAGCUGGCAAUUCAAGAAGGCUGUGGUUCUCCUAUCACAUGUCCAGACAUGGUAUGCUUGAACCAUGGGACCCUACAAGAAGCAGAGAUUGCAUGUUUGGUGCCUGUUGACCAGUUUCAGUUAUACAAGAGGCUGAAGUUUGAACGAGAAGUCCACUUGGACCCCCAGAGGACAUGGUGCCCUGCAGCUGACUGCCAAACGGUGUGCCAUAUUGCGCCGAGCAAGUCAGGAGCGCCGGUGCCAGUGGAGUGCCCGGCUUGCCACCUGGCCUUCUGCUCCUCUUGCAAGGAGGCAUGGCACCCACAGCGCCUAUGCCAGGAAAACCAAACUACUCCAGUACCAACUGAGCAGGGAUCACUUAUUGGAACGGGGACAGAGGCACCAAUUAAGCAGUGCCCAGUCUGUCGGAUCUAUAUUGAGCGAAACGAGGGCUGUGCUCAGAUGAUGUGCAAGAACUGCAAGCACACGUUUUGCUGGUACUGUCUACAGAACUUGGAUAAUGAUAUCUUCUUAAGACAUUACGACAGAGGCCCUUGCAGAAACAAGCUGGGCCACUCGCGGGCUUCGGUGAUGUGGAACAGAACACAGGUUGUGGGGAUCCUCGUUGGACUAGGUAUCAUAGCAUUGGUGACCUCUCCCUUGCUGCUUGUGGCAUCUCCAUGCAUUAUCUGCUGCAUUUGCAAAUCUUGCCGAAGCAAAAAGAAAAAACACAGCCCGCCAACAACCUAAAACUCUGUGUCUGUUUGAGCCUCCAUCUGUACAGCAUAUGUAUGUGAGAAAGCACAAUGGUUGUAUUUUGGUGCCAUACCUACCAAAUAAUACUCCCUUUUUUGCCAAUUCUUGGGAUAAGUGCCUAUUCUUUACAGGCUACUCUAUCACUAACAAAUCCCAGUGUGGGAAAAGUCUAGAUAAUUCUGCAGUACAUAUGGUAUAAGGUUUUGUUUUAUAAAAGGAAAAUGGCACACCGUUCAGUAGUUCAUACCCUUAAAUAUGAGCCACCUUUUGAGACUGCUAGAACUUUACCAUCUUCCGUCAGCUGAACAUGACUUGAUCCUGCAGUACUACUCUGCAGACCCAGUCAUUACUGUCAUGCUUUCUGUCGGCUCUUGGUGACAUUCAGAUUUCUGAGAAAAUUUGGGGUAUUUUAUGAAAGGGGGAGAGGGAAAAGCCUGAUGAA